GCCGUCGCCGACCCCGCUCCAAAAGCUCGCCUUCGCAGUGCUGUGAAAUUUCCCAAAUCGCUGACAUGGUCAGCCACUUCCUGCUGCAGGCGGCGAGCUUCGCAAAAGCUUCAAUGAAAUAGAGCCUCAAGCUACUGAUGGUGCGCCAUGUAGCGCAAAGCACGUGCUGCGAUGACCCGAGAGCUUUACACCCACACGAUCGCGGGACCUGGAGGCCGCCUCCUCGUAACCGGCAAACCCGAAUACUUCAACCAAGUGCUCGCCUCGCUCGCCGUCUCCCUCGGCACUCUCACUGCCGGCCUGGGCAAGGGCUACAGCUCCCCGGCGAUCGCCUCUUUGCAGGAACGCGACGCCGACGCCUUCCCCGUCUCACGCCAGGAAGCCAGCUGGCUCGCCAGCCUCUCGAUCCUGGGCGCCUUCUUCGGCGCCCUCCUCGGCUGCGCCGCCGUCCGCUGGGGCCGCCGCCGCACCCUCCUCCUCACCGGCAUCCCGCUCUCCGUCUCCUGGCUCAUAAUCGCGUUCGCCGUGAGCGUGGAGGUCAUGUGCUUCGCCGCCUUCAUCAGCGGCUUCCUCAUCGCCAUCGUCCAGCUCGCCGCUCAAGUAUACGUAAGCGAGAUCGCCGCCCCCUCCAUCCGGGGCGGCCUCAGUGGCAUGCUCAAGGUGGCGGGGCACGCGGGGGUCCUGGUGGCCUACGCCGCCGGGGCCUUCCUGGACUGGCGGCAGCUCGCCUGGCUCAUCGCCGUGGCCCCGGCCAUGAUGUGCGUGGCCAUGUGGAAGGUGCCCGAAAGCCCGGGUUUCCUGGUGCUCCGGGGGCGCGACGACGAGGCCGAGAAGGCGCUGCGGUGGCUCAGGGGCGACAGCACUGAUCUCAGGUUCGAACUGGCGGUCUUACAAGCACAUGUCCUUACAAGGAGCGUUACGUCGAGUCACAGAGUCCUGCUCCGGACUCUGAUGACUCCGGGGCUAAUCGCUUGCGGUUUGAUGUUCUUCCAGCGAUUUUCCGGAGCUAACGCGUUCUAUUUUUACGUCGUAACGGUCUUUAAGGAGACUUUCGGAGGCACGAACCCCCACAGCGCUGCGGUGGCCGUUGCUGUUGUCCAAUUCUUGUCAUCUCUGUUGUCCGGGCUUUUGGUGGAUAGUGUCGGGCGUUUGCCCCUUCUUGUCGCGUCCAGUGUCUUGAUGUCGCUUGCUUUGGCCUCGUUCGGGUCCUUCGCUUACUACGAGGACGCGCAUCACAAGAACGUUCCAAACUUGGACUGGAUUCCCCUGCUUUGUGUGUUGGUAUUUACCGUUGCCUUCUCCCUGGGGAUCAGUCCGAUCUCGUGGCUGCUCGUUACCGAAUUGUUUUCGCUGGAACAUCGCGGUUUGGGCACCGCUCUAGCUACCGCUUUCAGCCACCUUUGCUCGUUCAUUGGAGUCAAAACGUUCGUCGAUUUUAAGGAGCUGCUGGGGCUGCACGGGGCGUUUUGGCUGUAUGCAGCGAUUUCGGUCUGCGGUUUGUGCUUUGUUGUGUGCUGCGUCCCGGAAACCAAAGGAAGGGAUCUCACGGAGAUUGAUACGGCGAGGUGAUCAAACGCCAAUGGGGGAAAACGCAAAAUUUCCAUUAGCGUAGUGGAGAGGUAUUGCUGAUUUUUGUUAUCAGAAUCUUUUGUGAUAACGAAACGUACAAUCGUGAUAUUUUCCCCCAAAAUCAGGUUUCUUUCAUAUCGAGAAAUUUGUGAAAUUCAAUUAAAGAAAACAAUCUUUGGCGCCGAGCUUCACUAUAUCAAAAAUUAUUACUAAUCUAGUUUUAAUCAAUUGUGGUCCAUUUUGACAAUACCACCAUAUUUGACAAUAUUUAUUAGACAAUAUUAUAAUGUUAGAGUGAUUGACUUAUAUCUUUAAAACACUUAGGUGCUAUUUAGAAGCUUUAGCAAAGAUAAUCAAUUAAUGUUUCAACCUGAUUAGGUUCUAGAUGAUGCAAUGUCCAUUGUCAUUCCCUUACAAAUCCACUUGGAUCCCGUUGCUUUAAUUACAAAGAUCAACAAUAAUUAAAUAAAUUAAUGGCAAACACUAAUUUACAUUGCUGCAGUAAAUGAGGAAGCCUUCAAUAAUACUGUUUGUCAUUAUAAUCUGAACAGCUGGAUUCACCGUGGUUUAAUAAGUUGGGCGCUGUUAUGUAAAAUGAAAUCACCCCAUCCUCCGCCUCUUAAACGUAAAUAAUAGUGUGUCAAAGCUUGAAGCAUCCAAUAGUUGUGUCAGUGUCUAAGUGUUGAUUCGCAAAAAAUUACAUUUUGCAUAACCGUGUCCAAAUAAGAUAAAGCUCAAUUUACAUUAGCCCAAUUCCUUGACAAUAUUUUACAAUGUAGUGUGUAAGAGUUUAUCAGUAAAAAUUUAUUAUCUACUCGCUGGAGUUGUUGAUGAAUUUUCCCAUUGUUGACUAUAAAGAAAAAAGCGUUAACAACUCGGCAACUAGGUCCACAAUGAUGUAACAUUUUAAAUUAUUAUGUGCGGGUAGAGACGUAUAAAUUUCCACGUUUCCAGUUUUAUCGUACAUUAGGUAGGAAUUGAUGCAUUAAGAUCAAACAAUGGGAAAAUUAUAACGUACAUUUUUACUGGUGAUUUAUAUACUAAAAAUACCUCUAUUAUAUUCUGCUCGUUGAAAAAAUCUAUUCAUAGCUGGUCUAUGACACUAUUGUGAUGUUCACAAAUGAACACAGUGUUUAUUGUAAAACAACUUAGAAUUUUUGUGAAUGCUUCGACAAUAAUUUUUAAAUGCUCUCUUUUUAUAAUAGUUUACUUUGUACUAGAGAAAUUUAUUACGAAAUAAAUAAAAAGUAACGAUACAUUAAACGAGUGUCUGUUCCAAGCGUAACCUUUUGCAAGUUUCUUGAUUUUUUUUUACAAGGCUCUUCACGAUGUUUACCAAAUUGCUUAUCUCAUUCUUAUCGCCUUUAAAUAUUUACUUACCUUCAUUUUUGAUUGACUGUUAAAUCUUUAAUUAAUACAGAACACCAAAUACUACUUUCCAAGUUACCAAGACUUUCCAAAGAUGCUGAAUGCGGAGGUAAAAACCACUUUAAUUUAAACAUGAAACAAAAGGUAGAGCACUGAUUUACAAUAUUAAAAAAUGUAAUUAUACAAAAAAUAAAUCUGGACUUUGCAUCAAAAACACAAUAAAGACCACUUAGAUACUUUUACCCUUAAUGCUGAACAAAAGAAUCUGUACAAGAUACGACUUUCUGAAAUGGUAAUUUCUUAAAAAAUUUGAAGUAUCAGCAACCAACAUUACAUAAACGCACAGUUGGAGACUAUUUCUAUCAUUUUAAAGACGAUUUCAACGAUUACAAACGAUUUUGAGUCCACUUUUAUUCAAUUUAAAUUCGCAUUUGAACCAUAGAAAAUAAAAGUAAAUACUUCCCAUUUCCCUUCGUUUAAAGCAGUAUUAUAGUUAAAUAAAUUAUCACUUUAUUACUUGAAAAGUGUAAAAAACACUAAACUCUUUUAUUUUUACAUAAAGAACAGAUUUCAAAUACCUAAUAACUUCAUAAUUUUGCGAAUUCAAUCGACACCGAAACAAAGUUUGUCGAAUAAAAGUUAUCUCAAGAUAUUUUCACAACUUUCACUACGACCAAGUUUUACUUCCUCACUUCUAGAUAGCAAUUUCUUGCUUGAUUAGGUAUUAUUUCUUGAACAAUUAUCGCCUUAUCUAAUCUUGAUGUGUUUCAAAUCCGUCUUGCUUUUGCGCGUAAUAAAAAAAGUUUUAUUUGUGCAACUUCCUUAAUUAAAUUUAGAAAAUCAAUUGCUUUCAAAACAAUGUAACUCAAAUCAAUUUUAUUAUUACGCAAGUAAAAUUGUAUUGCUUUCUACACCUACGAAUAAAGAAUAAUCAAUAAUAAGUAUAAACAAAACUGUAGGAAAAUUUUGUUAAAAAAUUAAAAAGAAAAAACUCUAAUCUGCGACCUAUUUAAUCAACAAAACAUGUUCUUGUGCUUCGUCAUUAUGUACAGGCACAAUCACAAAACAUUUAUUUACAUAAACUAAUUACCCGUGGAAAACCUUUGACCUAAUGAAAUGUGUUAUUUGUCCAGGUGUAAAAAUAGAGAUUUUUCACGAUG